UGGACACACAGACUCCGUAGCCACAAUCGUUGGUGGCAGGUACCAUUGCAACCAUUGCGUUGAUUACUGCUUUAGCCCAGUCAUUGGUGGAAGUUCUUUGAUGCUUUUGCCGUGACUGCUAUUCAACAACAACUUCCUACAUCUUUUGUUCCGGUAGACUAAAUACGUCUGCAAGCCUGAUAGGUAUUUGUGGCAUAAAGUUGUCCUCAUGACGAUGCGUUCUACCAUAUACCGUACGGACCAGUGAUGCUAUUCGACUCGAGUCUUGGAAAUCCAAGUCCCACGACUGUUAUCCGGCUUCACCAAGCCGCGCAACAAGCCGCUCAAGCACAACAGACGGCCCAGCAAGCUCAACAGCAAGCUGGACUCAACAUCAGCAGCAUCAUUAUGACGGACAGGCGCCCCAGAAAUCCAAUCGACUGCGCAAAGCAUGCGAUUCCUGUAGCAUUCGAAUGGUGAAGGU